GCCCGCAGGCCACUCAAGGCAUCCGAGCUCCAGGUCCUCCGCGCCCAGUAUGAGAAGGAAGGGGACAUGGUCGGUGUGCAAACCAAGUUCAACUACGCAUGGGGCCUCGUGAAAUCAGAAUCCCGCAACGACCAGCAGCUCGGCGUCCGCCUGCUGUCCGAGAUCUUCCGCGUCUCCCCGGAGCGCCGCCGCGAGUGCCUCUACUACCUCGCCCUCGGCAACUACAAGCUCGGCAACUACGCCGAGGCCCGCCGCUACAACGACCUGCUCCUCGAGAAGGAGCCCGCGAACCUGCAGGCCUCGAACCUGCGCCAGCUCGUCGACGACAAGGUCGCCAAGGAGGGCCUGAUGGGCGUCGCCAUCAUCAGCGGCGUCGCCGUCGCCGCCGGCGUCGUGGGCGCCUUUCUGAUGCGCAACGUCAAGAAGAGGUGA